AUGAUGCCUUGGAAAUUUAUAUUUUGGUUCGGUUUGUUUGUCUUUUUAAAUUCUAUUGCAAUGUUACAAAGCGUAAGAACUUGGAGCGAUAAACAACUCUUCCCUUCGAAUAAAAUUCCGGAAGAUGGCUUGAGUCCUCGUAGAUCGGUGGUGCGAAGAAAGAUAGUACUCUAUCAUAAUUUUUUUCGAACCAAAGUUAGACCAACUGCUUCCAACAUGCUAUUAAUGUCGUGGCAUCCACUAGCUGCUCGUCAAGCUCAAAAUUACGCAGAGAGAUGCGUUUUCUUACAACACAAUGACGCGGCUGAAAACACUGUGCCCUAUUUAGGUUCAUGCGGACAAAAUCUUUUCGUUGCUUCACGGAAGACUCCAUGGUUCUUCGCAAUAAAAAAUUGGUUUUUGGAGUAUCAAAACUUUACAUAUGGAGCUCCGAUAAGAAACCUUAAGGCAGUAGGACAUUACACACAGAUGGUUUGGGCGACUUCGCAUAAAGUCGGUUGCGGAGUUGCACAUUGCCCAGGAGGUCCUUGGGGUACCUUCUACAAUUACGUUUGUCAUUAUUGCCCGGCUGGCAACGUGGAAACCAUAAUUCAGUAUCCAUACAAGAUCGGCCCUCAAUGCGGUGACUGCACUGAAAGUUGCGUGUCUGAUGCACUUUGUACCAACUCUUGCCCAGUUAAAGACUAUUUCUCCAACUGUAAUGAUCUUGUAAGAGUUGCUAAUGUCUGUCCACAAGGUACUUGUAAUGCAACAUGCACUUGUGGGAACCAAAGGUUACACAAGAAUUAUCCUUGGUAG